AUUUUCAGUGAAGCUUACCAACAACAUACAAAGCUUUUAGAGAAGUCUCAAAACCAACUCCUCCAGAGCACCCUAGACUCCGGAACCUACAACAAACUCCAUAGCUUCACCCAUCUUGCUAACGGUUUUGCCGUCCACACCACUCCCUCUCAGGCAGAGAAGCUAAGAAAGAGCCCUAGAGUGAAGUUGGUGCAAAGAGAUAGGGGUGUAAAGUUAAUGACAACUUACACUCCUAAAUUCCUAAAUUUGCCACAAAAUUUAUGGUUUGAUGAAAAAGGAGGUGACAAAAAAGCAGGAGAAGGGAUUGUAAUAGGUUUUGUUGAUUCUGGGAUCAACCCUUUUCAUCCAAGCUUUGCUAAUAAUGACUUAUUCAUCAACACUAGCUUAGUUUGCUCGAAUUCGAGUCGGUUUUGCGGUGCUUGUGAGACGGGUCCUCGUUUCCCGUCGAGUUCUUGUAAUGGGAAGAUAGUUUCAGCUAGGUUCUUUUCUGCUGGAGCUCAAGCUGCUGCUCAUCUUAAUGCUUCUCUUGAUUUUCUUUCUCCCUUUGAUGCUGUUGGUCAUGGGAGUCAUGUAGCGUCAACUGCUGCUGGGAAUUCAGGGGUUCCAGUGGUGGUUAAUGGUUUUUUUUAUGGAACAGCCAGCGGGAUGGCGCCACGUGCUCGAAUUGCAGUUUACAAGGCUAUAUAUCCAACAGUUGGUACACUCACUGAUGUUUUGGCUGCAAUUGAUCAAGCAGUAAAAGAUGGAGUAGACAUCCUGAACUUGUCAGUGGAACCAGAUGAACCAGGAGAAGAUACAAUAACUUUCCUUGAUGUAUUUGAAAUCUUCACACUGCUAGCAAGAAGAGCGGGGGUUUUUGUGGUACAAGCAGCAGGAAACAAAGGGCCUGGCCCGAGCACCGUGGUUUCCUACAGCCCUUGGUCUGUUGGAGUUGCUGCUUGCAGCACAGACAGAAGUUACCCUGCUACUCUCUUUCUUGAAAAUGGUCAGAACAUUCCUGGAGUGGGGUUAUCAGGGCCAACCUUUGGAAAUGGAAUACUGAAAUAUAAACUGGUGCUAGCAAAAGAUGCUGUUUAUAUUAAUGGUUCAUUCCCAAGAACUCCACCUUACAUAGAGGAAUGCCAGUUUCCGGAAGCUCUUGAUCCCAUAAUAGUGACAGGCAGCAUAGUGAUCUGCAAUUUCUCUGCUGGAUUUUAUAACCAGACUUCCACUCUCACUUCCAUCAUCAACACUGCAAAACAUUUGGGAUUCAUGGGUUUUAUCCUGGUUGCGAAUCCUGCUUAUGGUGAUUUCGUUGCAGAACCAGUGCCUUUCCCAGUGCCAGGGAUCAUGAUCCCCAAAACUGCAGAUGCAGAGAUCAUAUCUAAAUAUUACAAAGAGCAAACAAAAAGAACUGCACAAGGAUGUGUAGUAAAAUAUAGAGGGAGAGCCUCCAUAGGUGAAGGGAGAAUGGCUUUUUUUGACAGACAAGCGCCUGCUGUAAGUAGAUUCUCUUCUAGGGGACCUGAUAUUGUCGAUAGCCAAAGAAAUCCCGUAGAUGUUCUCAAGCCUGAUUUUGUGGCUCCAGGACAUCAGAUAUGGGCAGCUUGGAGCCCUCUUAGUGUCUCAGAGCCCAUAUUUGAAGGGAACAAUUUUGCAUUGACAUCUGGAACUAGUAUGGCAGCACCUCAUAUUGCAGGAAUAGUUGCAUUGAUCAAGCAACAUAACCCUUCAUGGACUCCGCCGAUGAUUGCAUCAGCAAUCUCCACUACUGCCACUAAAUACGACAAUUCUAGAGAAUUAAUACUCUCUGAAGGAUAUGAUCUUGGUAGCUUCUAUCCUUCUACUCCCUUUGACAUAGGUGGUGGAUUGGUGAAUCCAGCAAGAGCAGUAGAUCCUGGUUUAACAUUAAUCCCAAGAGAAGGAGAAUAUGUAGCUUUCCUGUGCUCUUUGCCUAACGUCAACAAAACAGAAGUUGAAGCUGCGACAGGUGGCUCAUGCAACCAUCCACUCGCACAUCCAGCAGACUUGAACCUACCAUCAGUGACAAUAACAUCUCUUGUUGGAUCUCAAAUAGUUAGGCGGAACGUGAUCAAUGUGGGAAGCAAACAAGAAACAUACCUGUGUGCUGUGCUUCCACCAAAUGGGGUCAUAGUUCAUGUAUCUCCAACUUGGUUCACCAUUGCUCCUACAGAGACCCGAGAUUUGGAGAUAAAGCUGAAUGUUACCCAGGCAAAGAAGGACUUCAGCUUUGGAGAGAUUGUUCUAACAGGAAGCUUGGAUCACAUUGUGAGGAUACCCUUGUCAGUUUUAGCUGUUUCAGUAUCGUAAGAGAUCGAUACCUAUAAGCAACUAUAGUUUUACUAAUGGUCAAAAUGAGCUAUUAGAAUUUAAAAUAACUCCAGUUUAUACAAAAAAAUGUAUAAUUAGAAAUAUGCAUUGUGAAUGGUGACCUGCCUCAAUAGCUGAGGGUCAAGUUCCAGUCUUGAUUCUUUACUGAAAGUAGCUGAUACCAAUAUAGAAUAGCAAAACUCUGUUAUUUGAGGCACUGUACCCGAUUCAUAAUACUUUUGCCUUUGUCCCAUAUUGUUUUGUACAGUUACAUUUUUUGGUAAUCCCAAAUUAAUUGCACACUCGCCUUUUCAUGUAAUUUUCCCUUGCUUCUCUAUCCAUAUUCCAACCUCAAUUCUUAAUCACGUGCCUAAUACAAAGGUGCAAAAUAAUGUGGGAUGCAGGGAGUAAUUAUUUGAGUCAAUAGCAGUGUAAAAAUGUCGAAAAGAAAUAGAAUAGAUGAAAUUUAAGAUAGGGGAG